UUUCCGAAUUGGUUUUGUCGUUUCGAAAGCGGUGCCCUUAAACCCUUGCCUAUCUUCCCAUUCAGCCUCCUCUUCACUUCGUGUCUCUCAGCGGCUCUCACUUUCGCCUCUUCCAACAUCUCACCGUAUGGGGAAGCAUUACAGACCUCCGGGAAAGAAGAAGGAAGGAAACGCCGCCAGGUACAUCACCAGGUCGCAGGCUGUCAAGCAUCUUCAAGUCAAUCUACCUCUUUUCAGGAAAUUAUGCAUACUUAAGGGUGUUUUCCCCCGGGAGCCAAAGAAGAAGGUGAAAGGAAAUCACCAUACAUAUUAUCACUUGAAGGAUAUUGCAUUUCUUCAUCAUGAACCUUUACUUGAGACUUUUAGAGAAACAAGGGUUUAUGAAAAGAAGAUCAAAAAAGCCAAGGCGAAGAAGAAUGAGGAACGUGCAAAGCGACUAGAAAAAUCUAAACCCAAUUACAAACUUGAUAGGCUUAUCCGAGAGAGGUAUCCAAAAUUUCUUGAUGCAAUUAGAGAUUUGGAUGACUGUCUUACAAUGGUACAUCUUUUUGCGGCCUUACCUGCACUAGAGAGGGAAAAAAUUGAAGUAAGACGUGUCCAUAACUGUCGAAGGUUGAGUCAUGAGUGGCAAGCAUACAUCUCCCGUACUCAUAAGUUGCGUAAGGUCUUUGUAUCUGUGAAAGGAAUAUAUUAUCAGGCAGAAGUCCAGGGACAAAAGGUCACUUGGUUGACUCCUCAUGCCUUGCAGCAAGUUUUAUCUGAAGACAUUGAUUACAAUGUCAUGCUAACAUAUCUUGAAUUCAAUGAGACUCUUCUUGCCUUUGUGAAUUGUCAUCUAUAUCAUUCCAUAAAUGUAAAGUAUCCGCCAAUCCUUGAUUCUCGUCUGGAAGCAUUAGCAGCUGAUCUUUAUGCGCUAUCAAGAUGGUUUGCUGCUAGCUCUAGAGCCUUGGUAGAUGGUCAGGCUUCUAGUGUGUCUGGUACUGAACAGGGUCAAAGCCAGCAUAAAGAGACUUCAGUUGAAGAGUCUGAAUUAAGAUUAGCACAACUUCAGCAGCAGCUCCCUUCCAAUGAACCUGGUGCUUUGAUGCAUCUUGUUGAAGAUGUUGCUGAGGAUGAAGAGGAUGAAGACACAAAGGAAUGCAAGAAACUAUUUAAAAACAUGAAAUUCUUCUUGAGCCGUGAGGUUCCACGAGAGUCACUGCUGUUUGUUAUUCCUGCUUUUGGUGGUAUGGUAUCGUGGGAGGGCGAUGGGGCUCCAUAUGAUGAGAACGAUGAAGACAUUACCCAUCAGAUUGUUGACAGGCCAUCACAGACCCGCAGAAUUCUUUCCAGAGAUUAUGUUCAACCACAAUGGGUUUUUGAUUCUGUAAAUGCACGGAUUAUUUUGCCAACUGAGGAUUAUUUGGUUGGAAGGAUUCCACCUCCACACUUGUCACCUUUCGUUGACAAUGAUGCAGAAGGUUAUGUGCCAGACUAUGCCGAGACCAUUAAAAGAUUGCAGGCUGCAGCCAAAAAUCAAGUCCUUCCAUUGCCAGGCGUGGGCGAAGAAGAUAUGGAAGAUCCUCAGAGUUUAUUGGCUGAAGGUGUAAUUGAUAGAGCAGAGGCUAAUGAAGCUGCUGAGAGAAAGCGAAAGAUGAUUGCCCAUCAAAUGCUGUAUAAUGAGGAGAUUGAGAAGGAACUUCGAUCGUCAACCUCCAUUCAAACUACUCCCGUUGAGAAGAUGGAAGUUGGGGAGGAACCUCUUCCUGAUCUUCAACAAGUUGUUGAGGAUACCACCAGCAUGUCCAAGGUUAUGAUGUCGCGUAAAAAGAGAGGUCUUCUUGAGGCCAUUACUAAAGGCAAACAGCGAAAGAAGGACCAGAUUAAUCUUCUCAAGGAACGGAAGAAAAAAGUUGAAGAGGGUCAAAAGUCCAACUAAACUUGAAUUGGGCCAUAAAAUUUUGUCUUCUCUUGUUUUUAUCUUUUUAGUUAUAUUUAUUUCCCUGAAGAAUUGUAUUUUAUUUAAGGAUUCCAGAAUAUUUCUUCAGACAGAUAGAAAAGAAGUUUUGUUCUCUGCUUA